AUGCGUUCUUUUUCGUUUAAAAGAGAUUUCUUUAAAGGGUAUAUGCAAAUCGGUCACAUGUUACUAUUUAAUAUCAUUAUAACAAAAAGAGGGCGUUGUGAUAUAUCACAACGCCCUCUUCUUUCUCAUAUUAUUCAUUCCUUUUUUUUCUUCUUCAUAUUCUUCCUUCUUCUUUAUGUUCCGCCUCUUUUCUUCUUCAUAGUCUUCUUUCUUUCUAUUCCUUCUCAUUUCUUCUUCAUAUCCUUCCUUCUUUACAUCCCUACCCGUUCUUUGUUCAUAUUCUUCCUUCAUUAUAUUCCAUCUCUUUUCUUCUUCAUAUUCUUCUUUCCUUUUCAUAUUACUUCUCUUUGUUCGUUACAUGCCUACUCUUUUCUUUUUCAUAUUCAUCCUUCUUUCACUUUUCUUCUUCAUAUUCUCCUUUCUCCUUUACGUCACUUCCUUUCUUCUUCAUAUUCUUCCUUCUGUUUUACAUUACUUUUCUAUUUCUUAUUCUUCCUCUUCUUUUUUCUUCAACUUUGCAUUGCUUCUCUUUUCUUCUUCAUAUUCUUCCUUCUCUUUUCUUCUUCAUAUUCUUAUAUCUUCUUUACGUCCCUUCUAAUUCUUCUUCUUGUUCAUAUCAUCAUUCUUCUUUAG